CUGAGAGGCUUGGGCCUCGCACAUGCGCUUUGGGCACCUUUAGUCGCUGCCCUUUAUGCGCAGGCGCAGCCACGCGGGAUUCAGAGGUGCGCAAGCGCAUUUGUGCUUGGCGUCAUAGUUAACGGUUGUUAGGUGCUCCAAGAUUCCAAACUGUUGCUCGGUUCGUUUGGCUUAUCUCUAGCACUGGUGCUGGUGUCUAGAAGCGGCGAAGAGCUGAGCGGAAAGUGGAGUGUUGGUUAAGCCUCUAGGCUUUGCAAUGAAGAAGUUUUUUGGUUUCCGGACUGGGAAGGUGUGUUCAUCCUCGCCCUUUGACAUGGAGCUGAUGAAUGACUUGAUGGCUUCCGUUCACAAGGAGGAAGUCACGGAUACCCAGCCCCGGUAUAACAUCCGCGUGAAAGAGCUCAAAAAGAUCCACAAAGUUGCUGUCAUGGACAACAUAUGCAAAAUGCAGCGGUUGCUACUGCGUGGGCAAGAUGUGAAUAAAAGAGACAAGAGGAAAAGGACGCCUCUCCAUCUGGCCUGUACCAUCGGUCAUGCCGACAUGGUAGAUUUUCUUGUAGGGAGGACAUGCAAGCUUGACCUCUAUGAUGGAGACUGUAGGACUCCUCUAAUGAAGGCUGUACAAUACCAGGAAGAGGCAUGUGUAACUACUCUUUUAGAACAUGGUGCUAAUCCACAUCUUACGGAUAAGUUUGGCAAUACUGCCCUCCACUAUGCUGUUGCUGGUGAGAACAUGUCAAUAGUAGAGAAGCUGAUUUUAUACGAUGCAAAUAUUGAAGCAAGAAACAAGGUACGUCAACAUUAUUUAUAAAGUAUUUGAAAUUUUAAAACAUAUAUAGAUAUAUAAA